UAAGUGAGCUGAACUUAAUAAAUAUAUGAGCUGUACUUUGUUUAAAUAAUUAUUAUAACUAUCGGUAUCAACAUCCAUUAAGUUCAAUGAAGUGAUAAUGGUGGCAAAAUACUUCUCACCUAUGAAGUUAUCUCAAUAAGUUCAUAUUGAUAAAAGUACUUUAAGAUUCAGUAGCUUGUUGUGCCGAAUUUCAUGGAUUUUAAAUCUGUCAAAACAAACAGCUGAUAUAUGUGACAGUUUGGCCCUAAUUAUUAGAACUAUUUCUUUUUAAAAUGUGCUAUGAAUAAUAUGUUUAUUGUUAAUCUUAGUAUUUUACUUCAAAAUGGGUUCUAGUUUUAAAUACUAUUUGAGUUUUGUUAUAUUCUUGUUUGUUUGUCUUCUGGGAGUUAAAACACAAAAUGUAACAUUAACAAUACCUUUAAACAAAACAACUAGUAUAUCAAAUAAAGAAGUAUUUGGCCAAUUUGUUAAUCUGAAUGCAUCAUCAACUCUUCAAGUUGGUUUUGUAAAUGGUACAAAAUUAAUAUCAUUUAUAAUAUUUCAAGUACAUAGUCAUCAUUAUAAUGUUACCGUGUAUAAUAAUACAUUAACAAGAAGUUCUUCGGUGUAUGGCACAAAUAUUGGAUUGUAUAGUAGUGUGAAGCCACCAUUGGACAAGUUUUAUGUUUCCAAUCAGAAUACAGUUGAUAUAAAGCUGUAUAUUGUAGUACACGGCUAUGGAAGUACAGAUCCUGUGCCUGGCGGCUGUAACAUGGAAUUCCAACCAUCAAUAUCACCAUACUUGCAUACAUCAUACACCAAUGAUUAUGUCUUAGUAGAAGCAGCUUCAGCAAGAGAUUCAUCUGAUAUCGCUUGUACAUCUAUAAAUGAUGUCAAUGUGGUAUUUUAUUUGAUGUACUUAGAAGAGAGGAAUUUUGACACGGAUGUUUACUUUGAAGGGAUAAAGAGCAUGUUAACUUUAGAUAAUAUUACAGAUAAUGCUGAAAUAGUACCUCAGACUACUUGGAGGAUGCGUCGUAUGCUGGGUGCGUACCCAGGCACUGGCGCAAUAUACGUAGCUGUCGCGUACAGUGCGGUCAACAGUAGUGCAUAUUCCGUGUACGUGCCUACAUAUAGCUACGCUUGUUCGCCGCUCGACGACAGCUGCGAGCUGCUUGACGAUGUGCUCUCUCAGCUACUAUGUGCCUCUCUACUGUUCUUCGGUAUGUUCCUAUGCUACUUUGGACAUCGUUUCUUUAAGACUGAGAUGUUUCUGAUCGGCUUGAUCAGCGGUGUGAUUAUCACUUACAUACUUAUAUCGUUGAUUGCUGAACUAGAACGACCGGCUCUCUUAGGUGCUGCUAUAUUAUCAGGAGCUUGCUUUGGCUUCAUUUGGUUAUUAUUCUGGUGGUUUUAUGGAAUACCAGUCUUCGCUGUUCUAUUGUCUACAUUGAAUUUAGGAUUUCUGUUCGCUGCAUUGAUGUACUUUGGGCUGCCAGGUGGUUUUGAAACACUUCAAGUUGACUUCAAUUUUUGGACUCUAUUCAUUUUAAUAAUGUCAAUAACAUCUCUAAUACUUCUCUCUACGACAUUUUUAUCAAACAUCUUGUGCUGCGCGAUACUGGGCGCGUACGCGACUGUGUACCCUAUUGACUACUACGUAGGGUCCAAUUUGAAAUAUAUCAUAAUUAAUACGGUGCGUCGUGCUGUUGUACCUAAGUUCAAUAGUGCUGUACUUUCGCCACCUUUCCAGUGGGCAGAUGCCCUGAUAACGCUUCUCUGGUUAUCUCUGGCCACCACCGGGUUUCUCUUCCAACAUUACCAGAACAGAAGAAAGCCGCCCUUCCCUCCUCCGCCCAGGAGCAUCAGACCGAGCCUGCCUGAUACUACAUACGGUACUGCUGGGAGAAGAUAUCGUGAUACUUUGCAAAGACCGCCCACGUCUGCGCGUCGGCAGACCGAAUAUACACCAUUGUUGUCGUAAGAAAUUAUUAAAAUUAACUACUCAAAACUAUCACAUAAAUACUGUUUAAUGACUCACUUGUAAUGGUCGGAUUUUUUUAAUUUUUUUUAUUAUUCAAAACUUGACUAAUGGCUCCAAAAAUAUAUUGUCAUGGCAUCUAAUAUUGGCGUUAAUUAUAAUUAAAAAUAAUUUUAUAUUAUCAAUUAUAAAUUUUAACUCGACUAUGAAUAUCAAUUAAGUUUUAUUCUUGUUGAAAUGUUUUUUAAAGUUAAAAAUAGUAGAUGUUAUGUUAAGUUUGCCUUUUCUCUUUAAGCAAAUUUUUAUAUUACCAAUAGAUUUCCAACUGUAUUGUAGAGUAAUGUUGUCUCUGUUUCCUCAAUGAGAGUGAAAGGGAUGGAAAUAUGUUCUUUGUUCAGUUUUUCGUCAGUGGAAAUGCAGGGAAAUGUCGUUAAUUUUAAUGUUAUGUUUCGUGUUCAUAUUUAGUCGCAAUUUUAUAAAAGUUUGUUUCUUCAAUGUUAUAAACAAUAAACUAGUCUGAAUAUAUUUGGUGUACUUAG